AUGUCGAAUCCACCCCCCGCCUGGGUGCAAGCCCUCAAGCCCGCCUCGCCGCAGGGAACACAACUCCUGACACAAGAACGCGCACAAUCGAACAUCGACGUCGACACGCUCGGGAACCUCUUGCAUACGAAAGAAGCGCUGCAGAAACAAGACGAGAUCCUGAAUGUCCUGAAAGGCGAAAAAGUGUUCGACAAGUCGCGAAAUCACGUCCUUGGCCGCACAGAGAAAAUCCAGCUUGCGCUGGCCCGGGGAAAGAGACUGCAGCAGUUGAAGAAGGUGCAUAACUGGACGGACGAGGAGGUUUAUGUUGCGAAUGAGCUGGUGGCGGAGCCAACGCCGUACGGGCUGCACGCGUCGAUGUUCUUGGUGACCCUCCGCGAACAAGGAACACCUGAGCAACAUAAGCUGUUUUUCGAGCGAGCCCGAAACUACGAGAUCAUCGGGUGCUAUGCGCAGACGGAACUCGGACACGGAUCGAACGUGCGUGGGCUGGAGACAACGGCUACAUGGGAUCCGUCGGACCAGACCUUCGUCAUCCACUCGCCCAGUCUGACGGCGAGCAAGUGGUGGAUUGGAUCAUUGGGACGGACGGCGAACCAUGCGGUCGUCAUGGCGCAGUUGUAUAUUGGUGGCAAGAACUACGGACCGCAUCCAUUUGUUGUGCAGAUCCGAGAUAUGGAGACGCAUCAGCCGCUGGAGAAUGUCUAUGUUGGUGAUAUUGGGCCGAAGUUUGGUUACAACACCAUGGACAAUGGCUUCCUCCUGUUCAACAAAUUGAAGAUCCCCCAUGUCAACAUGUUGGCGAGAUUUGCGCAGGUCGACAAGAAGACGAACAAGUACCUUCGCCCCGCCUCGCCAUCUCUCAUGUAUGGAACCAUGACAUGGGUGCGCUCAAACAUCGUCCUACAAGCCGGCGGUGUCCUCGCCCGCGGCGUGACAAUCGCAGUCAGGUAUUGCGCCGUCCGCCGACAGUUUCAAGACCGGGACGCCAAAGCCGGCACCGAGGAGAACCAAGUCCUCAACUACAAGAUGGUCCAGAUCCGACUCCUACCGCUCCUCGCGGCAAUGUACGCCCUGCAUUUUACCGGCCGCGGCAUGAUGCGCCUGUACCAGGAGAACCAGGAGCGCAUGAAGGCCGCCUCGCAGGCAGACCAGGAGAAGCGCGGUGCCGGCCCAGAGCAGCUCCGAGCCGGCUCAGAUCUCCUUGCGGACCUUCACGCCACAUCAUGCGGUCUCAAGGCGCUCGCGAGUACAACCGCCGGUGAAGGUCUUGAGGUGUGCCGUCGCGCCUGCGGUGGCCACGGAUACAGCAAUUACAGCGGCAUCGGCCCGUGGUACUCAGAUUACCUGCCCACCUUGACCUGGGAAGGCGACAACUACAUGCUCACCCAGCAGGUCGCUCGAUACCUCCUCAAAUCCGCCCGCGCCGUCCUCGCGGGCAAGGGCACAGCAAACGACACUUCCCGCAUCCUACAAGCAUAUCUCGCGCGCCGCGACAAAGGCGCCUCCUUCGACAUCCUCGGCGACGACGCCGACAUCGUCGCCGCCUUCGCCUGGCGCACAGCACACCUCACCUUCGAAACGCUCAAAUACCGCGACGUCGAAAAGCGCAGUUGGAACAGCCUCCUCGUGAACUUCUGGCGCCUCUCCACCGCCCUCUCGCAGUACCUCGUUGUCAAGAACUUCUACGAGGCCGUGACGUCCCCCGAACUAACCUCAACCCUCGACAAAGACACCGCCCAUAUCCUCCGGGCCUUAUUCCGCCUGUACGCCCUGCACACGCUGGAGCGCGAGGCGUCGGAGUUCUUCUCCUCCGCUGCCGUGACAGUUCGCCAGAUUGGCCUCACCCAAACGAGCGAGGUCAUGAAACUCCUUGAUGAGAUUCGUCCGCAUGCCGUGCGUCUCGUUGAUGCGUGGAAGAUCCCCGAUUGGCAGCUUGAUAGUGCGCUGGGCCGGUCUGAUGGCGACGUGUAUCCGGAUCUGUUCAAGCGCGCGAGUACGCAGAAUCCGGUCAACGAGCUUGUUUUCGAUCCGUAUCCGUGGAAUGAAAAUGUUUUGAAGAAUUUGGGUGGGGGGGCUUUCAAGGCGAAACUUUGA